AGUGUACUCAGUCCCAAUCCAGUGUACGGGCCUGACCAAAGUAUCCACCCACAUUAUCUACGCAUUUCCUUUUCCCAUCCCCCAUGUUCAUGUCCUGGCCGUUUGAUUCACGAUUACCACUGUCCACUUUCCUUCUCUUCGUCCCCACCUCACCACUCACUUCUGGGUACAUACCACAGCCAGAGUAUCUUUCCACCCCACAACGCGUACCAUGGUACGAGAGACACGUCGAACCCACAUUCUCGCCCUACAGGACGUCUCCCAGACUGACACACUGGUUGAACCAAACAGACUAAGCGUGUCCAGCCAAUCGCAAGCAUCUAUAAAGCGCGGUUCCAUGGAAGCGAGAUCCGUAGUUUGACAGGCUCUGGUACUGGACGCCCACGCUCAGCACGCAGGCGCAGACUGUUUGAUUCGACC